AACUAACAAAAAGAGGCGAUCAUCAGCAGGUUUGGUUCUAAAAAAAGAUGGUUCUCAGCACCGAAUGGUCGCAGGUGGAGGUCAUCGAUCUGAUCAACGAUGGCAACGGGCUGGGCUUCAUCCUCGUGGGCGGUCGCAGCACCGGUGUGGUGAUCAAGGCCCUCACCCCGGGGGGCGUGGCCGAGAGGGAUGGCCGCCUGCAGCUGGGCGACCAUCUGCUGCAGAUCGGCGAGGUCAAUCUGCGUGGCUUCAGCUCGGAGCAGGUGGCAACAGUUCUUCGUCAGACCGGAGCUCAGGUGCGUCUGAUUGUGGCGCGGCCGGUGGAGCCGACGGCCAUCGAUUACCAAACGCUGGCCUGUCAGGCGCCGAUUAUACCAACUAAGCUCCUCUCCGACCCGGAAGAACUGUCGCGUCAUCUCUUCCAGAAUCCCAGUUUUGCAACAGCGGCCGCUGCUGCUGCUGCUGCUGCGGCUGCUGCAGCAGGCUCCACCGGUGGUGGCGAUGUCCUGGAUGUGGCCAGUUUGGUGGGUCUGGUGCGCGGUGGUCCGGCUGAGGGCUCGGAACUGUCUGCCGUGGAACCACCAUUGGUUACUGCUCCCGCUCAGCUGCAACUGAGCGAACUGGGCGGCGACCUGGCUGACUUCCCACUGCCUCCGAUUCCUGGCGUCCAAUCCGAAUCCAACGGAGCUGGACAAAGACCCUGCCCGCGACUGGAUCUGGACAUCGUGCCCUUCUCCAUACUGUCGCCUCCGCCAAGACCCGCCCUGCAGAUGCUGCCCCUGGAGACCCAAUGGCAGAACCACCAGCACAUCGAGACUGUGAUAGCCGAUAGCAAGCGCAAGAAGCUGUUGGCCAACGAAGAUGGCGGCUCCUCGGGUUCCGCUUCCGCUUCCGGUUCCGGUUCGCCCGACUCCUACAUGGACUCGCCGGAAACGGAAACCUAUGUGGUGGAGCUGCACAAGAACGUCUAUGGACUGGGCAUCACGGUGGCCGGCUACGUUUGCGAGGAGGAGGAUCUGUCGGGGAUCUUCGUGAAGAGCAUCAUCGAGGGCAGUGCCGCGGAGACCAGUGGUCAGAUCCAAAUUAACGAUCGCAUUGUGGCCGUGGAUGGGAGAUCCCUGUCGGGGGUGACCAACCACCAGGCGGUGGAGUUGCUGCGCAACACGGACAUCGAGGUUCAUCUGACCCUGGAGCGUUUCCUGAGGGGCAGGAAGUACGAGCACCUGCAAGUGGCCCUCACGGAAAUCAAAGGCAGCUCGGCGCCCUCGGGCUUGGAUAGAAAUCAGGACAAGGACCAGGAUCAGGAGUCGCAGCUUUCGAUGCCGGGCUCACCGUCGAUAGCCACGCUCAGUUGGCUGCCACCCAAGUCGCUGGAUGCCGAUUCCAUAGCCACCGAAGGCGACGAGGCCGUUGAGGCGGAGGAUGUUGGCAUUUCGGGGGCAGAGGAUGAGUUCCAAGAGCUGCCAUCCCGGGACACCGUGGAGUCGAACAUGUCGCACGUGCUGGACCGCAGUGAUCACAGUGGCGGAGGAGGAGGAGGGCCCAGGAUAAGUCCCAUAGCUCCUCCGCUCACCAAUGGCCGUAGUUUAAACCUGGCCGAUGACAGUGGCAAUGACACGGAUGAGCAGGGCCAUCAGAAUGAUGAGCCCGUGGCCCGCAGGUUGUCCAAGCCAGAGACGGUGGAGAGGUUGAAAGAUGUGGAAACCGAAACCGAUCCCGAAACCGAUCCUGGCCAGCUGGCCACGCCCACGAACGAGGCGCCGGCACCUGUGAAGGCGGCCAGCCCGACAGCCGCCUCGCUGCGCGUGGCCUGGAAAAGUGAGUUUCCCGACAGUGAAAUUUUAGUUGCCGAAAUAAAUAAACUUUCAGGUCUAGGGAUCAGCCUCGAGGGCACCGUGGACGUGGAGUGCGGCAUUGAGAAGCGUCCGCAUCAUUACAUACGCUCUAUCCUAGCCGAUGGGCCAGUGGGUCGCCAGGGCAUCCUGCGUCCUGGGGAUGAGCUCCUGCAGGUGAACGAGCACAAGCUGCAGGGAUUGCGGCACAUCGAGGUGGUCAAGAUCCUCAAGGAGCUGCCCGCCAGGGUUAAGUUGGUCUGCGCCCGCGGCACUCGCGUUCCGUCGAUCAUAAAUACCUCGCAGAAUCCGGAGGCCUUCGAGACCCGCAGCCUUCUGCCCGGCGGCCACCAGAGUCUCCAGAAUCUGCUGAGCAAGGCGCAGUCGGAGAGCUCGCUCUACACGUCCAGCACGGCGACUUUAACGGAUGCGGGAGGAGCAGCCGGAGGAUCGGGAGGAGGAGCAGGAGGAGGUGGAAAUGGAGGAGCUCGAUCCAAGUCACUGGAGAAUGUCUCGGGGUUGGCUUUGUGGAGCUGCGAAGUGACCGCCGUGGAUAUCGAGAAAACGGAACAGGGAUUCGGAUUCUCCAUUUUGGACUACCAGGAUCCCCUCGACUCCGAGGGCAGUGUGAUCGUGAUUCGCGGCCUGAUACGCGGUGGUGCUGCGGAGGCAACCAAUGAGAUAUAUCCGGGCGAUCGGCUGAUGAGCGUCGGCGAUCGACUGCUCCAGGGCCUCGAGCUGGACGAGGCGGUGUCCAUCCUGAAGGCCAUGCCGCCGGGACUCACGCGACUGGGCAUCUGCCGACCGCUCUCCGCCUCGGACAGCAACAGCAAUAGCAAUAUAGCCUCGCCCCUGGGCGAUUCCGCCAGCACAUAGUGGCAGCCCCCCCUCCCCGACGGCCAGCAGGAGUCGGAGAUGGAAUUGGAACGGGAACUAGAAGAGGAAACUGAAGCGGAACUGGAGCAGUUCGCAUUGUAUUUUAUGACCCUAAUAUCGGCCUUGUGAGGGCAGCACGACCCGCAGCUACGAAAUUGGAAAUCUAAAAGCAACAAAAUAGGAAAGUCUGCAGCAUAAAUCGGCGAAUCAGCGAAACUGGGCAUUAGAACAAUUUGUACAUAGUAUAUAACCAAAUCCGCACAUUGCCAGAAUCGAUUAACUAUUCGCGAGAUAGGUAAAAUUGAUGGCCCAAGCCUGAAAACUGAACACUGAACACUGAAAAUGCAUAAAUAAAUAAAUUGAAUGGCACGCAACGAUUCUAAAAAUAUCACAAAUUGUUGUAUCAAUAAAUUAUUAAUAACAAUUUCUGCGGACAAGCGCUAACAAAAAGUUGACAACAUCAAAUAAAGUUGAACAUCAACAGAAAAAACACACGGAAUUCGGAGCGUGAAACGACGAGGAGAGGCGGAAUUUAUUCAUACACAAAUAUUGCAAAGCAUUUUUCCAGUUUAGUAUGCAUAUGUCGAGGCCAUGAUGGCAAUAAUGAUAGCACCCCUGUAGUUCCCACAUAUCCACCCGAAAACCACAAUGCCCCGCCCACCCUAGAAGUCCGCUGUAAAUAUUCCAGAGAUUAUUUUUAUUGUCCUUUUCAACUUUACGUAGCAUAAAUUUACAAUUUCUAGCUUGUAAAUCAUUUAUACAUACUUAAAUAGAUAAGGCUAGGUCGGGGGGCGGCUAUGUCGAUGGGCGUGGCAGUUUGCUUUUCUUAAGAGUAAGCUCUAAGUAGAUAUCACUCGUACCCUCGGGAAUUCGGGGACACUUUUCAAAUUGUAUAGGAAACGAGAGUUGCAAUAUUGCAUAGGUUCUUGAGAUUAGUUGUGCGUAUAUACGAUUACAUAUACCUAUUUAUAGAUACUACAAAUUCUAUGCCUAUGAAUAUAAUUAUAUAUAUUUACAAUUGACGACCAAGCAAAAGUAAAACUUUAACUUUAGUAACAAGUCGAACACAAGAUACACAAUUGAACGAAAAACACAUAAACUGAACUAAAGUAGAUCGAAAAAGGAAGACAUUGGUAAGAUGUUAGGAGUGGUGAGAAGAAAG